AUGUCGCUGUCGCAAUCGCGUCUGCCUUUGCGUUUUCUCUCUUUACUCUUACUCUACUGUAACAUCUUUGCUUCAAACUUCCUAAUGAUCAGUGCUCUUAGUUGUCGUUCAGACCAGAUCCAAGCUCUAAUGCUAUUCAAGAACGAGUUUGUAUCCAACGGUUGCAACCGCAGUGACUAUCUCAACGGAGUCCUGUGCGAUAACGCGACUGGUGCAGUCACGAAGCUACAGCUUCCAAGUGGUUGCUUCACUGGAACGCUCAAACCAAACAGUAGCCUCUUCAGGUUCAACCAUCUUCGUUACCUUAAUCUCUCUCACAACAACUUCACAUCUUCUUCACUUCCUUCUGAGUUCAGCAAUCUCAACAGAUUAAAGGAACCAUACCUUCUGAUUUACUACUCACUGCACCCUUCUUGUCUUAUCUUGAUUUGA